AUGUUCAAUUCAAAUUUCUUUUUUUGUUUAUAUUAUAUAUUCGUUUCUUUUUAUUUAAAAAAAUCUUCAAAUAAAAAUUAUUUUAAUUCAUAUAAAAAUUCAAAUGCCUAUUUAUUGACUUACAAUCAUAUUAAAAAAAAUAUAUAUUUUAAAAAAAGUUAUGGCUUUUGUAACAAUUGUUUUUAUUCCCAUUUUUUAAAAAAAAAACACAUAAAAUUUGAUUUUAACAAACAAUACCACUCACUUUUAAAAAAAAAAAUGAGUCAUAAAAAUGUAACAAUGAUAAAUGAUAAAGAUAAAACAGAAUUAAUAAAAUAUGAUUCUAAAAAAAAGGAAGUAUUAUUUGAUCAAAAAGAAGAAAACAAAUUAAAUGAAAUAAAAAUACUAAAAAAUAACUUAUUAAAUGAAAAAAAUAUAAAUGAAAAUUUAUUAAAUGGAAACUUAAAUAAAAUAUUAUCACAAGAAAACUCAAAUGACGAAAUACUAAAAAUAAAUAUAAAAGAAGAAAUAUCAAACGAAAAAUUGAAUAAAGAAAAUAAGCAAUCAAAGAAUAACAAUUCCAUAAAAAUGAUUAAUGAAAUAUCAAAUGUUAACAGUAAUAUAUAUAAUAAAACAAAAAAUAAAACUAAAUGUAAUAAUGAAAUAAAAUGCAACACAAAAAAUAUAAUAAAAUGUUUUAAAAAAGAAAAAAUAAAUGACUUAAAUAGAAAACAUAAACAAACUUUUUCCUCAGUUAUACCUCAAGAUAAAGAAAAUAACAUACACAGUGAUGAAAAAAAAAAAAAAAAUCCAUUUGAAACAUGUAUGGAAAGUAAGUUAAGUACUUUGAUAAAAAGAGUAAGAUGUUUAACCUCUUUUGAAAAUGCUAAAGAUUUAGAAAAUACAGAACAAAAUAAUAAAAAAAAUAUUUUAUUAUUAUUAACUAGAGAUUUUAGAGUAAAUGAUAAUUGGGCUCUUAUAUAUGCUUAUGAAAUUGCAAAAAAAAAAAAAAAUAAUUUAUUAGCUUGUACAUAUUUAAAUAGAAAAGAAGAAUUCCCAGAAAGAUACAUAGAUAUAAAAUUAAAAGUAUUAAAAAAUUUAGAAGAAAGUUUUAAAAAAUUAAAUAUUCCAUUCUAUCUUUUAACUAUAUAUAUGAUAGAUGAAUUUAUGGAAUUUUUAAGGAUUCAUGAAAUCAAUACCAUUAUUUGUGAUUUUCAUCCUUUAGCAGAGCAAAAACUUUUUAUUGAAAACCUAGUGCAUUUAUCUAACAAAAAAAAAAUCAAAGUUUUUCAAGUAGACUCACAUAAUAUUGUUCCUCUAUGGGUUACAUCUAAAGUUGAAGAAUAUUCUGCUAGAACUAUAAGACCAAAAAUUAAAAUGCAUUUACCCACGUUUUUAACAGAAUAUAUAAAAUUAGAAUCUUUUGAACAAAAUGUAAAGUAUCCAGAACCAUUUGAAAUUGAUGAUAUAAUUAAAAAGCUAGUUGUAUAUAAUUCUUGUCCCAUUUUAUCAAAUUUUAUAUGCACUGAAAAAAAAGCGCGUGAAAUUUUAGACAAUUUUUGUAAAAAAAAGUUAGAUAAAUAUAAUUUAAAGAGAAAUGACCCUAAUGGUAACUCAAACAGUCAACUCUCACCUUAUUUGAAUUUUGGAAUUAUAUCUUCUCAAAGGUGUGUACUCGAAGUUAAUAAGUAUGCACACAGUAAUCCAUCCAUAAAUACAGUAAGUGGAAAGGAAUCUUUUAAUGAAGAAAUAAUAAUAAGAAAGGAAUUAGCUGAUAAUUUUUGUUAUUAUAAUAAAAAUUAUGAUAAUUUUAACGGAGGGAAAAGUUGGGCAAAAGAAAGUUUAAGAAAGCAUGAUUCGGACAAAAGAGAAUAUUUAUAUGAUUAUGAUGAUUUUAAAAAUGCUAAAACUCAUAAUGAUAUAUGGAACUGUUGUCAGCUACAAUUGAUUAAAGAAGGAAUUAUUCAUGGAUAUUUAAGAAUGUAUUGGGCAAAAAAAAUAUUGAAUUGGUCAGAAAAUUCUAAAACUGCUUUAAAAUAUGCCAUUAAAAUAAAUGAUGAUUUUGCAAUUGAUGGAAAGAGUCCUAAUGGAUAUGUCGGAGUUAUGUGGUCCAUUAUGGGUGUGCAUGAUCAAGGUUGGAAUGAAAGAAACAUUUUCGGAAAAGUUAGAUUUAUGAAUUAUAAUGGAUGUAAAAGAAAAUUUGACAUUAAUAUGUACAUGUCAAAAUAUCCAAAAGGUAAAGAAAAUGCAUUAACUGUACAAAAAAUACCAACUAUAACUUUUGUAAAUUAUCUAAAAAAAAGAAAAAAUAAUUCCAUUAUUAACGAAGAAAAAAAAAAAAAAAAUAUAUAA